UGUUGCUAUUUCCCCACCUCUUAUCGAUAUGCCCCGCCUUCUAGAACACCACGCUGUCGGUGUUGGUGCGCAAUGUAAGCGGCACCUCCCUGCAUACAGCUGGACCCGAUAUAAGCUUGAGCUGGGAAUAGCUUCCUACCAAAUGCCAUUGUUCAUUUUCUCCCAAACAUCAUCCUCCCCUCGUAAAACCGCAAUCAUGACCUUCUACGAACAAACCCCAGCCCCCAGGCCCACCACCAUCCUCGAACCUCCAAUCUCCCGCCCAUCCGACGCCCCAUCAGCAACCGAAUCUCCCAUCCCAAUCCACCCCCCUAGGGACACCACCCCCAAUGACCCCAAAACAACCACCAUUUCCUCCCCCAAACCCUUCCCCCUCCCCACCCUCCGCCUCGAAAACCGCCACCUAAUCCACCCCGCCUCCGCCCUCCUCUUCACCUCCAUCAACCCCGCCACCGUCCUCCCCGACUGCCUCCAAAACGUCCUCCGCCUCCUCUACCACACCCCCUCCUCCCACUCCUUCACCCCACCCCCAACCCGCUCUGUCACCCUCAUAUUCCGUGACAUGGACGGCGUGGCCUACACAACCGGCACCGACCUCGACCACGACCACAAAGAAAUCCACUUCAACCUCAACCACAUUUCCAACGUAGCCUCCCGUUCCAACAGUCCAACCCGCGUCCGUGACGAGAUCAUCGGCGUCAUCACCCACGAACUGGUCCACUGCUACCAGUGGGACGCAAAACACACUUGUCCAGGGGGGUUAAUAGAAGGGAUCGCUGACUGGGUGAGGCUGAAUUGUGAUUUGUCCCCGCCGCAUUGGAAGAAGGAGGUUGAUGGCGCCUGGGACAGAGGCUACCAACAUACAGCCUACUUCCUCCAAUACCUCGAAGAUAUCUUCGGCAACAGCACCAUCCGCCACCUCAACGACCACCUCCGCCACCACAAAUAUCACCAGGACUCCUUCUGGGAAGAGCAAUUCAGGCUUGGGGUGGAAGAGUUAUAUGAGGGUUACGUCCAGCAUCACAAGGAAGAGGAAAGGAAGAAUAAGAAGCAAGACGACCUUUGACUGUAAUCCCCCGCAGCAUAUCUAUAUUAUACGAGUUACGAGACACGAUGAUACCUACGAAGACAUCCUCUUUAUUUUGGCAAUAUUCUGCUAGAUUUCUCAAAAAAGAUAGCACGGGCCUAUAGUCACCCCUAACAAGAACACCCAAGCCUGACCACCC